AUGGUUUUCCUUGGGUUUAUACAAAUUGCUAUUUUCGUAUGUUUUAAGUUGUAUUUUACCGAGUUUAGGCUUUCAGGAAAGACUUUAGGUAUAAUCUGGGCCUUGAAGGUAGAAAGACGGGCUGGAUUGUCUGCCCAGGCAUUGGGCUCAGAUGGUGGCUCUAGUGGAGGAUGUGUGGGCCUGGCUGAUCAUGGGAAGCCUGGUGGGGCCUACAUGGAUGGUCAGCCUGCCACGAGUGGGCCUCCUGGGGGUCCCAGGAUGCAUGCCAGAGCACGGAGCAGAGGCAUUGCCUCCAGGGACCCACCCUCCAAGAUGGUCAUAUAA